AUGUUGUUGUUAUUCCCAUUCUAUUCCGUUGCAACCAAUAAUGUUGGUGGAAGUAAUUCUGGUGGUAGUUUCAGCAAUAUCAACUACUUUGGCUGGAAUGACUAUGGUGUCAGUGUGUUCCCAGAAUUCAAAGAUUUGAAAAUGCAUAUCAGAUGCUAUCGUAAUCUAAAUCUCACCAAAAUAAACAAACCCACUGCAAUCUUUGACUCUGGACUUCCAUUUCCAUCGCUUGCCUACGCCGAUUUCAUUGAAGAAUUGAUUGCCGAGCUGCCAAGUAUGAAUAUUGGAAAGGUUUGCUUCUUUGAUCGAUAUGGAUAUGGAUACUCUGACCCGUCACCUUACGCCUUGAAUUCCAAUGAGACUGCCUACCGCCUUCACGAAUCUCUCAGAAUCGCCCAUAUCAAUCCACCAUAUAUCCUUGCCGGUUGGUCAUGGGGUAAUGUUGACAAUCAAUUCUUUGCGCACAACUACAUGCAGGACGUAGUUGGAAUUCUCUCGAUUGACGGAACCGACAGCGGUUAUGCCACCGACAGCAACAAUCUAGGAAUCAUCAGUACAGCAACCACCUAUUUCAAUAAUCUCGUUGCCAUGCAAAACAACGGAACCAUUAAAAGUUUCACUGAGCACAAUGUCGUUCCCAUGGCAUAUGGAUACUUGCCCAAUAACACCAAUAUGACACAAUCGGUUGUCAACAAAAUCAACAACCUAUUCAUCACCGAGGAUUUCUUGAAUGUCGCCCUCCAAGAGCUCUCGAUCAUGAUUUCAAGUACCCAGUUGCUAGCAAACGUUUACUCGGCAAUGAAUGUAACCUGUCCACUCUCGAAUAUUCCAUUCUUUGUAUUAACUGCUGACCAGAACGACACUGUUUGGAAUAACCGUCAAACCCAGAUGGCAACAAUGUCCAGUGUAAGCGAGCAUAUUUUUAUAAAAAGCUCACACUUUAUCCCCAUUGAUAAGCCAUACUUCAUAGUCUCGUCAUUAAAGUCACUUUUGAAAAAUGUUGACAAACAAAUUCCAAUCAAUGUUUUGCAAUCCAAAAACAAUUCUUUGAAAAAAUAUGAGGGAGAUGAAACAUUAGUUUUUUUGAAUAGUCUUGCAGCAAAAAAUUAA